AUGGGGCUCCCGAGCGAGGCUUCUCCUGCAGCGGUCUUGGAGAUCUCGGAUGACGAGAGCGGCUCCGAGACCUCGCUGACGUCGCUGACUCAACUCCUGGAAGAGUGGAUGGAUGAGGAGAUGGCCUCCAUGGAGAAGGAGCAGACGGAGCAGAAGGAGCAGGUCGGCGGAGGCCCCGCUGGAGACCUCCGAAGCGAAGAAAUCUCAGCACAAGGCCCGGCCGAAGUUUCGACGCAGGCAGCUGCAAGCGUGGAGGCACCGCAGCAAAGCCAUGGCGAGGACCUGGCCUCCCUCCCCUGGGAGCUUCUCUGGCGGAAGCUGGAGGCCCAAGGAUGGCAGAUCGAGCACGGCCCCCGUGGGAAGGGCCGCCAGGCCUACUACUUGCCCCCCGGCGUCAAGCGUGGUCCAGGCAAGAAGAACCGGGUGGACUACUUCGACUCCCGGAAGCUGGUGUUGCAGCUGCUCUCUUGCAAAGAUGGUCGAGGCACGGAGGUAAGCGAAGCUGCAGAAGUGCCUGAGCAGUGA